ACAUAAAGCCCCUGCGUUCCUGGAACAGCCUGCAGACUCUGGCCUCGUCCCCGCUGCACUGUGUGAGCUUUGCUUUUACACACAGCCUCUGGAUUGCAGUCCAAAAUGAUUCUGGCUGUAACGGUUUUGUUCAGCGUCGUGCUGUGGACACACUGUCUCCACUACGCUGAUGUUCAGCCACAGCAGGGUUUUGAUCUGGAGCAGUUUGCAGGCUUCUGGUACCGUGUUGGCAUGGCUUACGAAUCUCCAUCCUUUAUUAAAUACAAAGACAAAGUGCUGAUCUCCAAGGGUUUCGUGGUUGCUAAUGAAAACGGCAGUGCCAACCUCUCCAUGUGGACUAUGACUGAGUCAAAGACCUGCUUGACCAAUUUGUAUACGUAUGAGAAGACAGAUGUUCCUGGACUGUUCACAUAUUUUAGCCAAAGACACAAGAUAAUGAAAGACAUCACAGUGGUGGAGGCCAACUACACUGACUAUGCUAUGAUCCUGAAAUACAAGAAGAUGGACAAAGAUUACACUCAGGUAGCUCUCUAUGGUCGUACCCCAACUCUCGGGCCGGAGGUGGUAGAAAAAUUUAGAUUAUAUGCUCUGUCUUUGGGCUUUCCUCUGGAAUCCAUCGUAACACCAGCUAUUCUGGAUCCAUGUCCUAUUCCAGAACCUCCUACCUUCAGACCUCCUACCAACACAACAGAAAAGCCGGUGUAGCAGAGUCACAGUAUGGGUCAAGACUUGGAUUAGUCUUGUCUCUUCAUGUCCAGAUGUGAUCCAGAUGUUUGCAAGAAGUUCAUACUUCCAUUAUCUAUUGUUUUAUUAUUAUCUUUUACCCCCUAUGAUGUCUAAUGUUUCUCAGCAUGUACAGUAAAGAGACUUCAUACUGAAGUAAUUGUUUAAUGUAAUUUUCUGUGGACUUUCCUGGAUCUACUGUUUUACUGUGUUUUUAAUCUGAAUACUGUUCUGGUUUUAAUAGUAAAGGUUAGACAUCA